AUGCUGGAAGUCCCCCCCCUCCACAUCCAGACAUUGCUGAGCACAUUUCAGGCAGUUCAUUGCCAUGGACUUGAGUUCCUUCUCUUGAAUGGCUGCCAUUUCUGCUUGGAUGUUUGCUUCCAACUCGAUUCAAUUGAUCCUGAUCUUGGGGACCUGGACGACGAAGAGGAAGCCUGGGAAGAAGAAGCGUGCACUAUUCGGCCUAGGAGGCUGAAACGCAAAUUUCUCUUUCACACUGACGACCAGAGGAAAAAGAAAUUUGCCCCCAAAAUGGAUGUUGAUGGUCUGCUGGAUCCAGAGAACAAACGGAACUCCCUCACCAAUCGCAAUGGAGUUCAUAAGUCUCCUGGAAUCAACAAUACCAAGGUGGGAAAUGCUGGUGCCAGGAAGUUGGUGAUUCGCAAUUUUAAAGAGGUUAAGAGGUUGUCAGGUGCUCAUGAAGUCCUUUCAUGGAUAGACAAACCAAUGAAGCUGACUGAUGACUACUUGGAGACAGCAUGGAAGUCAUUGUAUGAAGCAGUAGUUGCCAUCCAGCAGUCUAAGCCAGUGUCAACCAGCAAGGAGCAACUGUAUGAGGUUGUGGAAAAUCUCUGCAAAUUCAAGAUGGCUCCCCAGGUCUACGAGAAACUUCUGCACUUGGCAGAAGUUCAUGUCUCUGGCAGUGCUGAGCGUUUCCUCCAGUAUCCUUUAUAUCUGCUACUCUAUAGAAAUGUCAUACAGCAUUGCAGAGAGACUGGAGAUUCAGAGACAUUGCUGCGCAUCAUGGACAAAGCUUGGCAGGCUCACUGCCAACAGAUGAUCAUGAUCCGCCAUAUCUUCCUCUAUCUGGAUCGCUCCUAUGUCCUUCAUACUGCCUCUGUUGCAUCCAUAUGGGAUAUGGGAUUGGAUCUAUUCCGUGUGCACAUCAUCUCCCAUCCAAAGGUUCAGAGCCGAACUGUUUCGGGUCUCCUGCAGCUGAUUGAGAAGGAAAGGGCUGGGGAGGUCGUUGAUCGAACCCUCCUCAAGUCUCUUCUUCGAAUGCUCUCUGAUCUCCAGAUCUACAGGGAAGCCUUCGAGCACAAGUUCUUGGAGGCAACAGAUGAGUUGUAUGCUGUGGAAGGGCAUCAAUUGGUUGAAGAACUGGAUGUCCCAGCUUACUUGACCCAUGUUAAGCGCCGCCUCAAGGAGGAAGAUGAACGCCUCCUACACUACCUGGAUUCUAGCACUCGAUUGCCAUUGAUAUCGUGUGUGGAGCGGCAGCUGAUUGGUGAGCACUUGACACAAUUGAUUCAGAAGGGUCUAGAGAUCCUGCUGGAAGAUGAGCGUCUUGGGGACCUUAGUCUCAUGUACACACUUUUUGCCCGUGUCAAGGAGGGACUUAAGGAACUCUGCACUGCUUUUGCUGCAUACAUUAAGAAAAAGGGCAGGACGAUUGUAAAUCCGAGUGAUGCUGAGGGAGACCGAACCAUGGUUCAGGAACUGCUUGACUUCAAAGAUUGCAUGGACUCUGUUGUUGAGGUCUGCUUCCAUCAGAAUGAAAAGUUUGUUAAUUCUGUCAAAGAGGCAUUUGAGUGCUUCAUCAACCAGAGGCAGAACAAGCCUGCUGAACUAAUCGCUAAGUUCCUGGAUAGCAAGCUAAAAGCAGGGAAUAAAGAAGCAACAGAAGAGGAGCUGGAGCGUCUCCUUGAUAAGGUCAUGGUGCUCUUUCGUUUCAUCCAUGGAAAAGAUGUCUUUGAGGCCUUCUACAAGAAGGAUCUAGCCAAGCGGCUGCUGGUGGGCAAGUCUGCAUCAGUGGAUGCUGAGAAGAGCAUGCUGUCAAAGUUAAAGCAAGAGUGUGGUGGUGGGUUUACAUGCAAACUUGAGGGCAUGUUCAAGGAUAUGGAACUCUCCAAGGACAUAAUGCUUGCCUUCAAGCAGCAUGUGAGCAACAUGAAGAAUGUCCCAGGGCUGGAUUUGAAUGUGAGCAUUCUGACAAUGGGGUACUGGCCAACAUAUCAACCAUGUGAGGUCACUCUCCUCCCGGCCAUGGUCACCUACCAGAAUAUCUUCAAUAAGUUUUACCUGGCCAAGCAUUCAGGAAGAAAGCUCCAGUGGCAGCCUACACUUGGCCAUUGUGUUCUCAAGGCUUACUUCCCACAGGGAAACAAAGACCUGCAGGUAUCUCUGCUCCAGGCGCUCUGCCUUCUCCUAUUUAAUGAGACUGAAGAGAUUGGACUUGAAGAGUUCAAGCAGGAGACCAAUAUUGAGGAUGGGGAGCUGCGUCGGACGCUGCAGUCACUUGCAUGUGGGAAAGUGCGUGUCCUGCAGAAGAUCCCACGUGGAAGGGAUGUUGAAGAUGGUGACAAAUUUGUCUUCAAUAAGGCCUUCACAAACAAGCUCUGCCGCAUCAAGAUCAACCAGAUUCAGAUGAAGGAGACUACGGAGGAAAACGAGAGUACCCAUGAGCGGGUGUUCCAGGACCGCCAGUACCAGAUUGAUGCGGCAAUUGUACGCAUCAUGAAGACACGCAAGACCCUCAGCCACAACCUUCUUCUCCUCGAACUCUAUGACCAGCUCAAGUUCCCUGUCAUGGCAUCUGAUAUCAAGAAGCGAAUUGAGUCUCUGAUAGACCGGGACUACAUGGAACGGGGACGGGAUGACCCCAAUGCAUAUAGCUACGUUGCAUAACAUCUCACCAAACCUUUUUCCCUCCCGGUCUCUCUCAGUUCUGCUACCCGUGGAGCUUUCCGGGCCAAAUUGCAAGGAGUGGGGCAAAGGCCCGAAAAGGUGAGAAAGAGGCCGACAGAGACUUGUGCAAAACUCGAGUGAGCAAGAUUGAAAAUCUGAGAGUAUGUGGGUGUGUGUUGCUUUUCUCCUUUAGGUGAUAUCUUCUUGCUUUGUGAUGAUGGUAUUGACAAGCAAGACAUUAAGAAUACAAUCAUGUCUAGAAAUAGA